GGGAAGGAAAUAGACGAUUUGAAUCAAACAAGGCCUAAAGUUGGUGUGUUUGUCAAUUUGUCUUUGUGCUGUCUUGGAGGGAGUACUCGAUGCCCAUGGCGCUUCUUCCUAUUCUCUUAACCUCCAAGCACUCACUCAAAACCUCCAUUCUUUCCCACCAUUUCCACUUAAUUCCCACCAUAUCUUCUUCUUCUUUCUCUUCCCACUGCAGACGACGCCUCCCUUUUUGCCUACCUUCAAAAUCUCCUCCGUUAGCAAAGAAAGUCCCUUUUACAGUCUCUGCUCAUGGAAAAACGUGGAAGGAUUCCUACAAUUGGAUGCGAAACACCAAUGAACCUGAUUUUCUCCACUACCUCAACCAAGAGAACUCAUAUGCCCAAGCUUUCAUGGCCGACACUCAAAACCUGCAACGAACUCUGUCCGAGGAAAUGAGAAAUAGAAUGCCCACAAAAAUUUCCACUGCUUCUGAGCGUUGGGGUCCCUGGUUAUACUACCAGUACAUUCCAGAAGGGAAGGAAUACCCAGUUCUAUCCAGGAGGUUAGAGUCUGGAAAUAAUGGCUGGCUAAAUACCCUUCUCAGUUACACAAGGGGACAGUUGGGAAUGGAGCAAAUUUUGCUUGAUUGGAAUCAAAUUGCAGAACAAUAUGGAUAUGUCCAUGUGGGUACAUGCCGAGUUUCCCCAGAUCACAACUUUCUUGCAUACACACUUGAUUUUACUGGAAAUGAACAGUUCGUACUUCAAAUUAAGGACCUCAAAGAUGGAUCUAUGGUUCCAAAAUCAGAAUUUAAUGGGGUUGUUAGUCUGGCAUGGGCUCAAGAUGGCCGUACUUUGUUCUAUACAACAUCAGAUCAGAAUCAAAGACCUUAUAGGGUUCUCUGCACAAAACUGGGAUCUGAUGUGAUAGAUGAUGUUAUAGUAUACACAGAAGAUGAUUUGAACUUUUGCGUGGAUAUUACAAGCACAAAAGAUGGCAAGUUCAUAACUGUGAAUUCAAACUCAAGAACUUCAUCUGAGGUUUAUGUGAUAGAUGCAACCAACCCAUUUGACAGUAUGCAAAGAGUACACAAGCGUGUUUCUGGUGUGCAGUAUUUUUUGGAGCAUCACAAUGGUUUGUUCUAUAUUCUUACAAAUGCUGCUUUAAGUGGAUGGUCGGGUGGUAAUUAUUACUUGGCUACAUGCCCAGUUGAACAUAUACUGUCAUCCCAGUGGCAGAGUAUCAUCCUUCCAAGUGAAAACAUGAAUUUUCAGGAUAUGGACAUCUUUAGUGGGCAUUUGGUGCUUUUUCUCCAGAAGAAUGGUUUCCCCACGCUAUGUUCUAUAAAUUUGCCUAUCAAGAUUGAUUGUAAGAGUAAAGUGGAGGUUGAUGAUCUUGAUCCAUGGUUUUUCCCUCUUCCUUCGAAUAUGUGCAGCAUUGUUCCAGGGUCAAACCAUGACUUUAUGAACCCAAAAUAUCGUGUUGUUUUGUCAUCGCCAGUGAUGCCUGAUUUGAUUGUCGACUACGACAUGUCAAGAGAAACAUUCUCAAUCGUGCAGCAAGAGGAAGUAAGAGAACUUUCUGAUGAUCAUGGAAGAUGUUUACCAACCUGUAAGCAAGAUACUCCUGAAUAUCUUGAUGCACAAACCAGAGAGGAUAAAAAUUAUCACAAUGUUGAAUUAAGGGGAUGGAAAGACUUUUCUGAUUCAUACUGCUGUGAAAGAAAGGAAGCCAUUUCCCAUGAUGGUGUCAAGGUUCCCCUGACCAUCUUGUAUUCUCGAAAAGCCUGGCAGAGGGGUUUGUCUCCUGGAAUAUUACAAGGCUAUGGAGCAUAUGGGGAAGUUCUGGACAAAACCUGGUGCCCAGACCGCCUGAGUUUGCUUGAUCGUGGUUGGGUAAUGGCCUUUGCUGAUGUGAGGGGUGGUGGCAGCGGGGAUUCUUCAUGGCAUAAAUCUGGCAGUGGUUUGAACAAACAUAAUUCCAUAUAUGAUUUUGUAUCAUGUGGUAAUUAUCUCAUUAAUGAGGGCUAUGUUCAUAGAGAUCAGCUAGGUGCCAUUGGUUUCAGUGCUGGGGGCCUCCUUGUUGGGGCAGUUAUCAACAUUGACCCAAAUCUAUUUUGUGCUGCCAUAUUGAAGGUCCCAUUUCUUGACAUAUGCAACACGUUGUUAGAUCCAAGUUUGCCUCUUACCUUACUGGAUUAUGAAGAAUUUGGGAAUCCUCAGAUACAGUCCGAGUUUGAGAAUAUUCUAAGUUUUUCUCCUUAUGAUAACAUUCCUACUGAUGGUUGCCUUCCAUCAAUGCUUGUUACCACAUCGUUUCUCGACUCAAGGGUUGGAGUUUGGGAAGCUGCCAAAUGGGUGGCCAGAAUACGAGACAGUACAUGUUCUAGUUGUUCUUGCUCGGUCAUUCUGAAGACAAAUAUGGUUGGAGGACAUUUUGGUGAAGGAGGUUUUUACAGCAAAUGUGAAGAAACAGCUUAUGAUUAUGCAUUUCUGAUGAAAGUUAUAGGGGACUUAAAUGAUAGAAGAAGUUAGGAUUGUUGCAGAGAUGCACUAUCAGAUCAAUAGAAAUACUUGCUGAAGUCCUUGUAAAGACUAAAGAGGGGUUCUUGCAAUAUUGUUUUGCAGAGGAUGAUGGAUAACUCUGAGAAAGUGUUUGAAAACAAGCGAUAGGCAAGGUACCGAAGAGCCAUAUCCCUUCUCUCUAGGGAAGGCGACGAGUAUGCAUUGUAUGGCAAAUGUAUGGAGGGUCAGAUCUUGGUCACUUCCAUCAAAACAGAGGAUCAUAUCUGAGUAAGACGAGGUGAAGUUUAGAUUCUGCGACUGAGAAAUUGAUGGCAAGCUUGCUUCCGGUGCUGGAUGUGGAAACUUCAAUUCACCUUGGUUCUCCGAUCAGAAUAUUAGAGCUUAAGGCCACGAGCAAUGCUUGGAGAGGAAUGGCUUAGUAAUGGCCCGUGGAGCAAAGGCUCAUUUGAUUGUUAUAUCUGUGAUGCAUAAAUCUGCAACUCUCCUCUCCAUUAAACUUAAAUAAAAUCCUCAUUCUUAAAUUUUUUAUUUUGAUCAAUCAGUUCAGGCAUACGAAUUAACUAUGCUUCUGAAGUUGUUAGAUUUUCGUUCCCACGGUUUUGGUGGAAAUAUUGGAUUUUCUUCUCA